GGCAUGUUUCUGCUGUUGUCGUUGUUGUUGGUUUGCCUUACGUUGUGCCAUUGAUCGUGCGCGCCGCUACACCGUCUACCCACUAACUGCGAUCGUAUGCUCCGUCAUUGUGAUCAGUUGCGUGUUGGCGUUCCUGUCCAACGGGUGUGCUUUCCUUUUUCGCUCGCGUUCGCGAAUCGUUGUAAGCAGUGUCCUUGCGCCAAGCAGGACAUUUGGGAUUGGAUUGUGUUGUGAAAUUGUUUGUGCAUAAAUACCAAUACAUAUAUAUAUAUAUAUAUAUUUAUUGUAUAUAUGUAUAAAUAUAUGUAUAAGCUAAUUUACUGUUACGUACAAGAAUACACUUAAGGAUAUAUGUAUGUGGUGCUCAGCUAUAACGAUAUCCUUGUAGAGAAGUGUAGAUAAAUAUUGGAUUAAUCUGUUGGAGAAUAAAAACACAAAUUGUAUGAAAACAAAACAAAAACAUAAAUUAAGUUAUGUGUUAAGCCAAAAACAUUUACACAAGUGCAAUAAUUAGAAGAAAAAAAACGUAAAUAUUAAUUUCUUUUCACUCUAAAAAUAACGGUAAAGACAAGGGUGGAAAAACUUUUUGGAAUCCCAGCAAUUUAAAUAAGAGUCAACAAAAUGGAUUUGUCGAGGCGGUUGCGAUCAACGGCCUUGAUAUUAUUCAUCGUACUCUUCUCUGUUCAAUCCACAUACUCCAGAUUCUAUGGAACACGACAUAAAAGACAAUAUGGCGCUAAUAUGUACCUACCAGCCAGUUAUAUAGUGCCAGGCGGAGAGGGUGACGAUGCCGCCGAAUGGACUGAAUGGAGUUCACCAUCAGAGUGUUCACGCACAUGCGGAGGCGGUGUAUCAUUUCAGACGCGCGAAUGCCGGAGAAUAGCGCGCAAUGGUGCACCGAUCUGCAAGGGUGGCAAUCGCAAGUACUUUUCUUGUAAUACACAAGAUUGCGCCGAAGAUGAGCCCGACUUUAGAUCGCAACAGUGUGCGCGUUUCAAUCGAGUACCCUUCGAUGGCGUCACUUAUGACUGGGUGCCAUACACAAAUGCGCCCAAUCCGUGCGAGUUGAAUUGUAUGCCGGUGGGCGAACGUUUCUACUAUCGUCAGAAAGCGAAAGUCAUCGAUGGCACACGUUGCAAUGAUCGCGAUCUUGAUGUUUGUGUGGAUGGUGUGUGCCAGCCGGUCGGUUGCGAUAUGAUGCUCGGCUCCAAUGCCAAGGAAGAUAAGUGCCGCAAAUGUGGUGGAGAUGGCAGCACGUGCCGCACUAUUUCGGACACCUUCACUGCCAAUAACUAUCCAGUCGGUUAUAAUGAUAUCAUACUCAUUCCAAGUGGUGCCACAAAUAUACGUGUGCAGGAGACGGCGCCCUCGAGCAAUUACUUAGCCUGCCGCAACUCAACUGGUCACUAUUAUUUAAACGGUAAUUUUCGUAUCGAUUUUCCACGUCCUAUGUUCUAUGCUGGCUGUUGGUGGAUCUAUCAAAGAAAACCAACUGGCUUUGCCGCACCGGAUCAACUAACUUGCAGUGGGCCCACAACAGAGUCCAUCACUAUAAUGAUGUUGGUGCAGGACAAGAAUUUAAGUCUAACGUAUGAAUAUAGCAUACCAGAAUCAUUGAGUAAAACAACACCUGUGGAGUACUCGUGGACACAUUCGGAAUUUGAGCCGUGUAGCACACCAUGUGGGGGUGGUACCCAAACGCGUACCGUAACCUGUACCAACCGCAUGACUCUCGAAGAAGUUGAUCCCAAUUUGUGUGAUGCCAACGCCAAGCUACCCGAAGAGCAAGCAUGUAAUGAGCAACUAUGUGCACCAAGUUGGUUCGAGGGUGAAUGGGGCAAAUGUUCGAAAGGCUGUGGAGCUGAUGGCGUACAAAAUAGAACUGUUAUCUGCGAGCGCAUUUCGCCGAAUGGAACACAUACCACAGAGGAAGAUUCUGUAUGUUUGGAGAAUGUAGGCAACAAGCCGGCUACACAGCAAGAGUGCAAUAGAGAUGUGAAAAACUGCCCGAAGUAUCACUUGGGACCUUGGGCACCAUGCGACAAAUUAUGUGGAGAAGGCAAGCAAAAAAGGAAAGUCAUAUGUUAUAUUGAGGAGAAUGGGCGUAAGCGUGUACUUCCUGAAGAAGACUGCGUAGAGGAGAAGCCCCCAACCGAAAAAGAAUGCAUACUCACCCCUUGCGAGGGUGUGGAUUGGAUUUUAUCUGAAUGGAGCGGGUGUGAUGAAUGUGGACAAAAGACCGAAACACGUACUGCCGUAUGUGCUUCAAAAUCUGGCAAGAUAUAUCCAGAAGAAUUCUGUGCACCUGAAGUACCAAUACUUUCACGUCCAUGCAAAUCGUCUAAGUGUACACCAAAAUGGUUCACCUCGGAAUGGAGUAAAUGUUCUGCGGCAUGUGGAAAGGGUGUGCAAUCACGUAUUGUAAUAUGUGGCGAAUUCGAUGGUACGAGUAUUAAACCAGCUGAAGAGUCUAAAUGUGAUGCUUCUGCGAAACCAGAAUCGGAGCAAGAAUGCGAAGGCGAGGAAAAAGAAUGUCCUGGUCAAUGGUUUACUGGACCUUGGGAGCCAUGUAGUAAGCCAUGUGGUGGUGGAGAACGUACGCGCGAAGUUUUAUGUUUGUCUAAUGGUACUAAAUCGCUUAACUGUGAUGAAUCGAAAAUUGAGUCUCUUUCUGAAAAAUGCAAUACCAAGGCAUGUACGAAGGAUGAACUUAUUCCAGUUGAUAGCACUACAUCACCUAUUACCGAAGACACCGAAGAAGAUGAUUGUGAAGAAGAUGAAGAGGACGAUUUAGUUUCUAAAGAGGAUCUCAAAUUGGCAGAGGGUAUAGAGUUUGAUAAAGAAACAGCUGCCCCCUUAUCCCUUUUAACCGAUGAACUAAUGUUUAGUGACUCACCAUAUACCAAAGAAUCAAGCGAUAUUGCUUCAACAGACAUUCCGUUAACUACAGUAGAAGGCUCCGGCGAGAAAACAGAUAUUACAGAGGAUACUUCUCUUGUUAGUGAAGGCAGUGGAGAUGAGUUCAGUAGCACGGCUGGGAUUUCAGAUACUACUGAAUCCGAUGGCACCUCUAUCUCGCCCAUAUCUACGGAUUCCACUGAAUCUGAAACCGUGUCCUCAAUUUUCACUGAGUCAUCAAUCUCCUCUACAAAAUCGUCAGAGACAACGGAUACAACUGAGGGAGCAUCAGACAGCACAACUGCGUCUACUUCAUCUUCCACAGGUGCAUCUGAAUCUUCUGAGACAACGAAUACGUCUGUGGGAGCAUCAGUCGAAACCACUGCGUCUACUUCAUCUUCCGAAACCUCAAGUGCAGCAGAAUCUUCCGUAUCCACUGAAUCAUCAAUUGCACCUGGUACUACCCAAACUUCUGAAUCAGUAUCAACAGAUGUUUCACUAUCUACAGAGACAACUGAAAUAUUGGGAUCAAGUGGUUCUACUUAUAGUUCUGAAACAACAGAAGUACCUGAGUCUACUGAAUCCUCAGCAUCACCUGAGUCAACCCAAUCAACUGUUUCGGAAGGCACUGAGCAAACUAGCUCUAUCCAAUCGUCAGCUUCAACUACUGUAGGAUCUUCUGAGUCAACUGAUUCUCCUGCGUCAGCGGAAACCACCGAAACGGCUGGUUCUACUGAGUCGACAGUUAGUUCUCCGGAGACGACUGAUUCAACACAAUCAACAGAAUCCACUGAAUCUACAUCUACCGAUACAACUGAAUCAACUGUGUCUUCGUCCACUGAUUCAACUGAAUCAACCACCGAGUUUUCCACUGAAUCCUCAAUAUCCACAGGAUCUUACACAACGCAAUCAACAGAGUCUACUGAAUCAACUUCCAAAUUUUCCACUAUAACAACGGAUUCUACUAAGUCGUCAGUUUCAGUUGAUACCAGUGGAUUGCCGUUAUCAACAGAAUCAGCCGAAAGCUCUUCUGUUGUCACUGAUACUACUAUUGAUGUAUCAAGCGAUUCUACAGUUACUCAAUCCACUGUUUCAACGGAGACCUCAGUGUCUACUGAAUCGGCAACAGGUUCUCCCCUCAGUACAGACUCAACGACCGAUUCUUCAAAAAGCACUGAUACUAGUGAUAUAUAUUCAACUGAUACCUCAGCAGCCACUUCAGAAGUCACCACUGAAUCCUCUGAAACUUCAAUUAGCUCUGACGCCACCACUUCAUCAGAUUCCACUGAUACAACAAAAAUAUCUGACACGAGCACUGAUGACUUAUCCACUACUGAUUCUGGUAUAUCAGAGAGUACAUCUGACAGCAGUAUCUCAACAGAGAGUGAAACUACUGAGGUUUCAGGAUCUACAGAUAUUUUAGAAUCAACAGCAUCAGGUUCGACAGAGGAGAGCACAACUAUUGGAUCAACAGAAUCAACCACUGAAGAUGUGUCAGGGGAGUCAACCUCAGACAUUAGUACUACUAUUAGUACGGAAAGCACAGAAACCACAGAAAGUGGGCCUACUGAAAGCACUGAGACAACAGAAAGUGGAGGUACUGAUUCCACCUUUGAGAGCUCUACUGUUGACAUUUGGUCUACAACAGAAGAAGAUGAAGAAAGCACACCUAACACGCUUGAAGCCCUUAUAACCAAGGCUCCCAAGCAGAAGAAAUGUAAAGCCAAGAAGGGUUGUAAAAAAGCAACUUAUGGAUGCUGCCCUGAUAACAAGACGCCUGCUAAAGGACCAUUCGAUAAGGGUUGUGCGAUUGUUAAAACUUGCGCGGAGACUAAAUAUGGUUGCUGCUCAGAUGGCGUCUCACCUGCUGAGGGUGAGAACAACGAGGGCUGUCCACAAUCACAGUGUGCGGAAACACUAUUUGGAUGUUGUCCAGACAAUUUCACACCAGCAGAGGGAGAAGAUGCUGAAGGAUGUCCUGAAACUACGACGGCACCACCAACAACAACUGUCGAGUUGGUUACUGAAGGAUCAGGAGAAACAACCGAUACACCAGAGAGCACAAUAUCGACCGAAAGCACUGAAACACCAGAAACCACUGAAACACCAGAAAGCACUGAAACACCAGAGAGCACUGAAACCCCUGAAAGUACAGAAAUUCCUGAAAGCACAACUGAAAGUAAAGUGGUUAAAUCAUGUGCCUUUGGUAAAUUUGGCUGCUGUCCCGAUGGUACGACUGAAGCUAAAGGAAAAGACUUUGAGGGAUGUGAAUCUCCAACGCCAGUUGCCAGACAAUGUGGCGAGGCAGAAUAUGGCUGUUGUCCAGAUGGUCUCACUUCUGCUACUGGCCCUGAUUAUGCAGGCUGUGCACCUUGCACAAGUGAGCCUUACGGUUGCUGCCCCGACAACCAGACACCUGCUCAUGGAUCACUUGGUGAAGGCUGCUGUUUGAAUACGGUUUACGGUUGUUGCCCGGAUAAUAUUAACGCAGCACGCGGACCUAACUUUGAGGAUUGCGAUUGCAAAUAUACUCCAUAUGGAUGUUGUGACGACCAAAAAACAGCGGCACGUGGACCAAAUAAAGAAGGCUGUGGUUGUGAAAAUUCAACAUACGGUUGUUGCCCAGAUAAAAUUACACCGGCUAAUGGACCUAAAUUUGAGGGCUGUCCAUGCCACACACUACAAUUUGGCUGCUGUCCCGAUGGUAUCACAAUUGCACAAGGACCACAUCACUAUGGUUGUCACUGUUCACAAACUGAGUUCAAGUGCUGCCCCGAUGAAAAGACUCCAGCCAAGGGACCAGACGGUCAAGGUUGUACCUGCUUGGAGAGUAAAUAUGGUUGUUGUCCGGAUGGCAUUGCUGCGGCGGAGGGAGACAAAUUCGAAGGUUGCGCAUCAGUUAAGGAACCACCACAAAAGGCAUGCGGACUACCAAAAGAAACCGGUCCUUGCGGAAACUUUAGCUUUAAAUACUUCUUCGACACAUCGUAUGGCGCAUGCGGACGCUUCUGGUAUGGUGGUUGUGAAGGCAACGAUAACAGAUUCGAAACCGAGUCGGACUGUAAGGCUACCUGUCAAGAAUAUGUCGGCAAAGAAGCCUGCUUCUUGCCAAAGAGUUCUGGACCGUGCACUGGCUACAAUAAGAAAUGGUACUUUGACACCGAACGCAAUCGCUGUGAAGAAUUUAACUACGGUGGCUGUUACGGCACUUCAAAUCGCUUCGAUAGCUUGGCCGAAUGUCAGGCACUCUGUGCCAUUGAUGAGACGACGCCGCCUUGCGAUCAACCCAUGGAGGCUGGACCCUGUGAGGGCAACUUUGAACGUUGGUUCUACGAUAAUCAGACCGAUGUGUGCCGUCCAUUCAGCUAUGGCGGUUGCAAGGGCAAUAAGAACAACUACCCGACUGAACAUGCGUGCAGCUACCACUGCCGUCAGCCGGGCGUGCAUAAAGACUAUUGCUCGCUUCCUAAGCAAACCGGUGAUUGCAGUGAACAACACGCGCGCUGGCAUUAUUCGGAUGUGGACAAGCGGUGCAUGCCCUUCUACUACACAGGUUGUGGCGGCAACAAAAAUAAUUUCCCAAGCCAGGAGUCUUGCGAGGAUCACUGUCCCAAAGAAGUUGUCAAGGAUGUUUGCGAAAUACCUGCCGAGGUUGGCGCGUGUACCGUUUACACUUCAAUGUGGUACUACGACACUAAAGAGGAGCGCUGUCGCCAAUUCUACUUUGGCGGUUGUGGUGGAAAUGACAACAAGUUCCCCACCGAAGAGGCUUGUCUGCAACGCUGCGAAAAGAAACCAGAACCGGCACCCGCACCUGAACCAGAGCCAGAGUCCGCACCGGCGCCUGCACCAGCGCCAAGAUCGAGAGAAGACUGUCAGCUUGAUAGGGAUCCAGGCGAUUGUAGAGCUUACAUAUCUCAAUGGUUCUUUGAUAGAGAAACACAGCAAUGCCGCAAUUUCUAUUAUGGCAGCUGUGGCGGCAAUGCCAAUCGCUUCAAUACGCUAGAAGAAUGUAAUCAAUUGUGUGCUGAUCAGCCACCUGCUAUUGAGCCAGCACCGGCUGCGAGCACGAAUAUUUGUGAUAUGAUUGCCGAUCAAGGAUAUUGUGACUCUAAUGAGAUUAAGUGGACUUAUGACAAUGUAGAGGGACGUUGUAGGGAAUUCCUUUAUGGUGGUUGUGGUGGAAAUGAGAAUCGUUUUGAGACCGAAGCAGCCUGUAACGAUCGUUGCUUGAGUCCGGUAAAUAAUAUUGCCAUACGCUUUGGCGGAGAUGAAGAAUCGCCAGCAGUAGCUCCAGCACCAGCUCCCGAAUCGACCGAAGAUAAUACUUGUACGUUGCCGGCAUAUUAUGGUAGUUGCGCAGAAAACAAUCAGACGCGUUGGUACUACAACUAUGCGGAUGGACUGUGUGAUGAGUUCUUGUAUGGUGGUUGCGGUGGCAAUCAGAAUAACUUUAAUACCGAAGAGGAAUGCCAGGAUCGUUGCUUCGAUCAGCAUCCCACAUGUUCAUUACCACCCACGGCAGGUAGAUGCUCGGAGCGUCUUAUACGCUGGUAUUAUGACGAGCGCGAUAAGCGUUGCUAUGAAUUCGAGUUCACCGGCUGCCGCGGCAACAGGAACAACUUCUUUACGGAGCGUGACUGUCUAGUGUUUUGCGGUAAUGAGCAGCCGCAACAACCAAAGCCAUCAGCGCCUGAGUCGUACUCAGUAUGCGAUUUACCCGUGGAGGCUGGUGAUUGUGAAAACGGCACUGUGGCUUGGUUCUACAACAGUGAUUCUAUGGCAUGUACGGCCUUUACGUACUCAGGUUGUGGUGGUAAUGGCAAUCGUUUUGAGUCUAAGGAGCAGUGUGAUCGCCAGUGUGGUGAAUUUAAAGGAGUGGAUGUCUGCAAUGAACCAGUUGAUGCUGGUCCAUGCUAUCAGUGGGAGGCACGAUACUAUUACAAUAGGGCAACGCGUACUUGUGAACCCUUCAGCUUUGGCGGUUGUGAGGGUACUGGCAAUCGUUUCACUCAACGGUCAGAGUGCGAAUCGGUUUGCAUUUUAGGUCAGGAGCCGAAGACGUUAGCUCCCAAAGAUAUUUGCAAGCUGCCAGCACAAAUUGGAAGAUGCAAUGAUACAACUGCGCAAGAGCGUCGUUUCUUCUAUGAUGAUGAGCGUGGCAACUGCAUGCCCUUCAUUUAUUCAGGUUGCGCUGGCAAUCAAAAUAACUUCCGUUCAUACGAAGCUUGCUAUGACUACUGUUCAACAACCGAAAGUCCAGCAACGGUACCUAAAGAAUCUGAAGUCCUACCGAACGAAUGUGAUACAUAUGAAAACGAGUGUCGCGCACAGCGUUGUCCCUUCGGCAGUCGUCGCGUACCAGUUGAAAAUAGUGAUUGUACGCGUUGCAUUUGCGAGAAUCCUUGCGAGAAUUAUGAAUGUGCUGAAGGUCAGCAAUGCGCUGUCGAUGUGUCGAAUGAUGCUUCCAGACAAUUUGCACCUGUUUGUCGUGAGACUAAUAAGCCGGGUGAGUGUCCACGUCUCAGCGAACCGGAGGGAGAGAACUGUGAUCGCGAAUGUUACACCGAUGCCGACUGUCGCGAAGACAACAAGUGUUGUAGUAAUGGCUGUGGUUUUGUGUGUGUUCGUCCGACGAAGCCUACAUUACGUCCACGACCGCCAGUCACAGCCGCUCCACCUAUCAUCUAUCCAGGUGAGUCGCCGGUGGUUUUGGAACCCAAGAAACCACAGGAGGUCGAUGUGCAAGCGGCUGUUGGUGGAAUCGCUGUUUUGCGUUGCUUCGCUACUGGCAGUCCGCCACCGAAUGUUACCUGGUCCCACAGUAAUGUGUUGAUUGACACCAACCAAGGGCGUUAUGUGUUGACCGCUACUGGAGAUCUGACUAUUGUACAGGUGCGGCAGACGGACAGUGGAUCGUAUGUUUGUGUCGCUUCUAACGGACUGGGCGAUCCAGUGCGCCGUGAAAUGCAAUUGGCAGUAACAGCGCCACAAGAGAUACCCGCCUAUGUCUAUGGCGAAAAGAAUGUAACCCAACUUGUAAGCUUAAAUCGACCGGCGCAGGUGCGUUGUCCAGCCGGUGGUUAUCCAGCGCCGCACGUAAGCUGGUGGCGUGAACGUAAACGUUUGGGUCUGAUAAGUGAUCGCUUCGAAUUGAUACGUGAUUAUUCGUUGAUGUUCCGCUCCAUACAGUUAACCGAUCUGGGACCGUACACAUGCGAAGUGUGGAAUGGCCUCGGUCGUCCAACCUCAAUGAAAGUUGUACUUAAAGCAGUUGGGCCGGCACGUGCCGUCACCAAUGCUGAAGCGCCAUAUUUGCAAUAUAUAAUCGAUCCAGCGCGUGCGCCGGUCACAAGACGACCCUCAUAUCCAUAUCGACCACAACGUCCACCACAGCCGCCACAACCAGUUUAUGUCGAACCACCGCGCCGUCAACCAUUCGUACUGGCACAAGCAGUUCUAACACUGGAUGCUAGAAACACAUACACACCAGGCGCCUCGAUCGCUAUGAAGUGCGCGGUACAGGGCAUUCCAGUGCCGAGUGUAACUUGGACGAAGGACUCGAUACCACUGUUGGCGAAUGAGCGCAUACAAAUUACAUCUGAGCCACACACUUUGGUGAUACACAAUGCCACGUCCGAAGAUACCGGCAUGUACGGUUGUACGGCCAGAAAUUCCGCCAGUCAUAGCACAAGCGAAGAACGAGUUACCAUUGAGUCUACGAUACCGAUCCAUCCCGAUUGUGUUGAUAAUCCAUUUUACGCUAACUGUAAACUAAUCGUUAACGGCUCUUACUGUUCUCACCCGUUCUACGGUAAGUUCUGUUGCCGAUCAUGUACGCUGGCUGGCCAAAACACGUUCUCACAUCCGAAUGCUAUAUAGACGACACGUUCGGUUGUUUAGGCGAUUUACUUCGCGCUCGUUGUGAGUAGCGCUAUGAAAGCUGCCGUUUUUGAUAUAGUGCUUAAGCUCAAAGCAAAAAUAAAAAAUUCCAAAAACCAAAAAAAAAAAUUUUUAAAAUUAUGAAAAUAACAGUACUAUUAAUGUAUAAUUGACGCAUAAAUUUAAAUAAUUAGUAUUUGCUGAUCUAUGUAAAAAUAAACUUAAUGCUACAAAUUACACGCAACAAUCUUUCAACACAUAACACACGCACACACUUAUGUAACUCUAUACACAGCUAACUCAACUCGCCUAAGACGAGCUGCAAGUUCUCAGCUGCCACACUUUCCUCCCAGCAGCUGAAAGCAGUCAGUAUAUUAAACUCAAAUGAUUUUUUCCACACUUACAUACAUACAGGAUAUCUACACGCAUACAUACAAAAAAUUAAAAUAACAUAUAACAAAAAAAUAGCUUUCACAUAUACAUACAUAUAUGUAUGUAUGUAAUUAUAAAGUAUAAAGUUAGUUUUUAAUUUGUUCCUAUUUAUUGUGCCAAACGAGGAUCAUCUGUGACGCCAAUCAUUUUUAAAUAUACACACCUGCAUUGCUAUAUAACGGUGAAUGUGUGUCUAUAUGAAAAUCGUAGGCCACAAGCAUGCUCACAUGCACAACCGCACGCACAUAAACAAAUGUACUAAUACUCAGAGAAGAAAAAGAAACGAACAAAUGGGUGAAAUCAUAUAUUAUCUGUGUGUUCGACCCAUUUGCCAUAAAUGUUAAUUUAAACGAUUUUUUUUUUUUUUUUGUAAUUGCAAAGUGCCUUACUUACGAUUUAUUAUUAUUGUAGAGAUUUGUGAAUUGAUUUUUUAGAAGUUAAUAAAAUUUUGUAAAUAAACUAAUGAAGUAAAUGAGAAUAAAAAAA